GUUGGUUGGAAAAUACAAUUAAAAAUUGAUUUUAAUAUUUAAAUAUUCAACGUAUCAAGACAACAACGCGUCGGGUGGCGGCGUCAAAAAUACCAAGGAAGCACAAAAAAGAAAAAUUUGCAAGGUGUUUGUGAGUACGCGAGUGUGUGCGUGCGCGAGUGUGUGUUCUUGUGUGUGACAACGACGAGCAACGACUUUGCUGCCGCUGCUUCUGGUGCGUGCGCGCUGUCGCAAGGGACCAACACACCAACACAUUCACAUUGAAGCAAUUUUCCAUUGUAKUGGUGUAUCCUUUGGCAUUUCUGCGAGCUUGGUUGGAAGUACGAGAGAAAAUUUGCUUUUACCAAAUCAUAAACAAGUGCAGCUGAAGACGUUUUCAAAAGAAAUCAAAAACCACACCAAAUAAAAUGGAGAAGAGAAUAGAAUUGGAGAGACGCGCACGCAAAGCGAAUCAGAUAUUAGAACUGAAUCUGGAUAACUGCAGGAGUACAAGCAUUGUUGGCCUUACAGAUGAAUACACCGCCUUGGAAACAUUAAGUUUGAUAAAUGUGGGUUUGACCACACUGAAAGGUUUCCCCAAGUUACCCAAUUUAAAGAAAUUGGAAUUAUCUGAUAAUCGAAUUUCGAGUGGCCUCCACUAUUUAACGACCAGCCCGAAAUUACAAUAUUUGAAUUUAUCUGGCAACAAAAUCAAGGAUUUGGAAACGCUGAAACCCUUGAAGGAGUUCAAAAACUUAAAUAUAUUGGAUCUAUUCAAUAAUGAUGCCACACAAGUGGAAAACUACCGUGAGAAGAUAUUCAAGAUGUUGCCCUCGUUAAACUUUUUAGAUGGAUUUGAUUGUAAUGAUGAGGAGGUACAAUCGGAAGGUGAUGAUGAUGAUGAAGUCAAUGGCAAUGACUCCGAGGAUGAAGAUGAGCCCAGUGCCUUCUGUGUAAAUGGUCUAGAAAUCGAUUUAGACGAGCUCGAUGCAUUGGAGCAGCGCGUUAAAGCCAAAAAACGUUUGCAGGAAAUGCAAAAUCAAAAGCAAAAKCCUCCCGAUGCUGAAAAUGAUGAAGUAGACGAAUUAGAUGAAUAUUUAAAAGAACUGCAAAUCAAAGAGAAAGCAAAGCUCGAGAGCCAAUCUGUGAUAGAGGCUAGCCAUCUCACAGUACAGCCGAAUAACAACCAAUCAAACACGAAUUUUGCAAUUUUAAUCUAUUGGUUUUUAGCAAUAUUAAAUCUGGCGAAUGCCGCCUAUUUUUCUGGUGGAGAUGAUGAUGAGGAAGAUAGCGAUGAGAGUGAAGACGGGGACAAUGGCGACGUAUCCCUGUCGGAGGUCUAUAAUGAUGAUCUAGAAGAAGAUAAUUCUGAUUGGGAAGAAGGCGAGGGCGGCGAUGAGGAUGAGGAUGAAGAUUCAGAUAUUGAUGAGGCCGAUGGUGAUCCAAAUGAAUCGGCUGCAUCUGUCAAUAAUGCCAAGGAUGAGAAGGAUGCUGAGAAGCCAGAUGAAACGCAUGCUAGGGGCAAGAAGAGAAAGCAUGAUGGUUAGAAGCAUCUACAAACUGUAUCGUCUUUGUACGUUAUAAAUUUAAAUAUAUACACCAAUACAAACAAACAAACACACACAUACACAUACACACCCACAUAAUAAGUACAGUAACAACAAAUAAGAAAUCACAUCAUAUUUUGAUAAAACAAACAAAAGAGUAAAUAAGAAGGGCCCCAUUAGAAAAAAUCAACAUUUAUUUCGUUACAUUUUAAGCUAAUUAUUCUAAAGAAAAGAAA